AUGUCUUUAAAAAUAUCCGUUCUUUUUGUCUGCUUGGGCAAUAUCUGCAGAAGUCCAAUGGCGGAAGCCGUCUUUCGAGACGAAGUGCAAAAGGCAGGCGUGAGCGAUCAUUUUGAUAUUAUUGACAGUUGUGGUACGGGAGCAUGGCACGUAGGCAACUUGCCUGAUCCUCGUACGGUGGAUGUGUUGACUGCAAAUGGAAUCUAUACGGAACAUUUGGCGCGAAAAUUAAAACUGACAGAUUUCAAAAAGUUUGACUACGUAUUCGCGAUGGACCGAUCGAACCUGCAAAACAUCAAACGGGUGUGCCCAAGUGAUGCGAAGACUCAAGUUGCAUUGUUUGGAGACUAUGGCAGCACAGGCGUCUCUAAGAUCGUAGAGGAUCCUUAUUAUGGAGGAGAUGAUGGAUUCCAAUUAUGCUAUGAGCAAUUGGUAGAUUUUUCAAGAAACUUUAUUCAAAAGGUGGUUAGAUAA